AUGCUUGACGAUGAAGCUAAUAUGGAAUCAAGUGAUGAAGAUGAAAUGGUUGGUGGGGACUUGGAGGAGUUGAAAGUCGGCUUGUAUGGUAAUAAGAAACUGUCGUGCAAAGAUGACAGCAGCGAUGAUAGCAGCGAAGAUGAGUCAGAAUCAGAUGAGAGAGGAGGGAGAAUGCAGAGAGAGGACCAAGUAUAUGAAAUUGUCUUGGAUUCCUCGGAUGAGGAGGGCGACGAAGAGCUGUACCGUCCUGUAUUCCCGAAACAAUCUGAGAUGGAAAAGGGGGUCAAAAAACAAACUGCUCCUCCUGCCACAAAAGCAAACAGGGUCUCUAUUGGAAGUGUCAAUAAUAAACUGGAGGCUAAGGAAGGCAACAAUAAAGCAGAAAGUCUGUCGUCCUGCUCAUCCGAUGACGACGAAAUGGAGUUCACCAUGAAGUUAUGUGAAGGGAGAACUAACAAUGAGUAG